CCAUUUUCUCUUCUAGUGCCCUUCGCUUGUGCACUAGCGCCAUGAGUAGCGCACUUGAUGACUCAAAGACAACAGACGCAAGUAUGGACCACGAACUUUACACUGUACAGAGUCCCUCCGAGGACAUUAAGGAUGGCCCAGAUCAUGCAGAAUUCAUUUAUAAGAUGUCAAAUGAAGAAUUUGUUAGAUUCGUGAAGUUGCGUGUGACCAACGACUCACUUUUCACUGGAAAGAGAAAUUCUUCAACUCUGGCUUAUAGGGCCAUCUUGAAAGAGCUUGGUCUGCAAAGGGAAAUUUCUGCCAGCCAGGCGAGGAGGAAAUGGGAAAACCUAAAGAUGAAGUAUAAGGAAAUGAAGAAUCCCCCACCUGGCGUCUCAGUAAACCCCACUAACUGGCCGUGGUUCUCCCUCAUGGAUGACGCCAUGGAGGGUAGACUCGCGGGAAGCGAAGUCACCGUAGACACUUCUUCUGUGGGCGAUGACAGCGAGUAUCGGCCGAACAGCACCACGCGCAGGAGGAGCAAGAGGGCGCGUGAGCCGAACAGAAGCGAGAUCGAGCUGUUUGUUGAAGAGGAUGACAUGAUGUCUGAGGAAAUGGGGCGAGACAGGACAGAUCUAGACAGAGACAGGGAUGAGAUGGAGCACGAGAGGGCCAUUCUGGAGAGCGACAAAGCCGCUAUUGAAUACGAGAGGAUGGUCCUGGAGAGGGAGAAGAUGGUUUUAGACCGAGAAAGAGCAGGAGUGGAGCGAGAACUUGCAGCACUGGACCGAGACAGGGCCUCCCUAGAGAGAGAGAAAGCCGCUGUGGAGAGAGAUAGGGCCUCUGUGGAGUACAUCCGAGCUCAGCUGGAAAAGGAAAGAGCGAUUCUUGACAGAGAAAGGGCUAAGCUUGAGCGAGAGCGUGCCUUACUUGAGCAGCAUCGUGGGGUGGAAAAGGUGGAGCAGCCGGCUAAUCUGAACGACAAUUCAGAAGGAACUGACACCUCUAUUCCCUUAGUGAUGGAACCGGCCUCCUUAGAGAGGAGGCAGAAAUUCCUCAACCUGUUUGAAAAGCUCAUUGAGAACUUCUAAAAUAGAACUAAUUGUUCUGAACGGGACCCAUUAUGUAAAUGUCAUUAUUUUUGUACACCUUCUGUUUGAAGUAAAACCGUUUACUGUUGCCGGAAGUGGAUUGUUCUGUGUUACAGUGAUUGAUUUUGUAAUGUUAGUAGCUAUUGUUUAAAAGAGCACUUUGAAGCGCUAAGUGUCGGUUUCAUGCCUUUGAAGACUUUACAAGCUAACAAUGAAAACGUUAAGCCACCUCUGUUUUGGAGAGGUCAUCAGAAAUCUUUAUUCAGGUGUGAUUAUUUCCAUACAAAACACACAAUGCUGAGCUAAUAUUUACCCCCCCCCCCCCCCCCCCCCCCAAUCAUUUUCAAACCCCUCAGCCAAUACAACAGAUUGAGAUGUGAUAUACCAAAAUAUUGCAGUUCUUGUAGAAAAAAAAAAGAAUCAGCUUACAUAUAUUUAAAUUACAGUACAGACUUUACAACAAAUUCAUUGAUAGAAUGCUUUUAUUGCAUUAGUCAAAUUUACCUUUCAAGAAGUUCAGUGAGCACCAGCUUCAAUUAGUUUAUGCUAAUUAUGAUAAACAUUUGUUAAAUUCUAUAUGAAUAUUAACAAUAUUUAAUUUACAAAACAUAUUUAAACAAUUUGGGCUGGCUAUUGCAGCUAGCCCCAAACAGGCAACCAGUACAGCACACAUAGUGAAAGUUUUUGUUGUGUUCAGAUUUGCAUUUGUAAAUUAAUGACAUCUUGUUUUCCAGUAUUUGAUAAAUAAAAAACUUUCAGAGUUA